UAAAAAUCUGGCAAAUCAGUAACCAUCGUCAAAUUAUUCUACUUAUAUCUCACAGAGAGGUGAAGACUAGAUUUCAAUAGAAAUUUUCAUCACCAAUUCCGGUGCGUUGUAAAAUAAGUAUGGCGGGAAAGCUCAUGCGCGCGGUUCAGUACGGCAGUUACGGCGGCGGAACUGCUGCUUUGAAGCAAGUUGAAGUUCCAGUUCCUAGCCCGAGUAAGGGUGAAGUCGUGCUGAAGGUGGAAGCCACAGCAUUAAAUCCAAUUGAUUGGAAAAUUCAGAAAGGCGUGCUUCGCCCCUUUAUGCCCAAGAAGUUUCCUUUUAUUCCUUGUCACGAUGUAGCUGGAGAAGUUGUGGAGGUCGGCCCCGGAGUAGAAAACUUCAAACCUGGUGAUAAAGUCAUUGCUGGCUUGAACGUCGGUUUGGGAGGUGGUUUAGCAGAAUAUUGUGUGGCUAAGGCAGAUGUAACAGUUCUUAGGCCUGUUGAAGUAUCAGCUGCUGAAGGAGCAUGCCUCCCUGCUGCCGGCGCGACUGCUCACGGGAUCCUCAUAGCGGCAGGGCUCAAGUUCGAUGGCAGCGGCCCCCAGAAGAAUAUCCUCAUCACUGCCGCCUCCGGCGGCGUCGGCCACUUCGCCGUCCAGCUGGCGAAAUUGGCGAACGCGCACGUCACCGCUACAUGUGGAGCCCGCAACGUCGACUUUGUGAGGAGCCUCGGGGCGGACGAGGUGCUCGACUACAAGACCCCAGAGGGUGCUGCCCUCAAGAGCCCGUCGGGCAAGAAGUACGACGCGGUGAUUCAAUGCGCGCCUCCCGUCCCGUGGUCGGUGUUCGAGCCGAACCUGAGCCGGACCGGAAAGGUGCUCGACCUCUCGCCUGGGGCGAGCGCCAUGUGGACCUUCGCCGUGAAGAAGAUCACGAUGUCAAAGAAAAAACUGGUGCCAUUCUUCGCUUCCGUCAAGGGGGAGAACCUGGUGUUCCUCGCGGAGUUGGUGAAACAGGGGAAGCUGAAGGUGGUGAUCGACUGCAAGCACCCAUUGAGCGACGCCGGAGCUGCCUGGGCAAAGUGCAUCGAAGGCCACGCUACUGGAAAGAUCGUCGUCGAGCCGUAGAGAUGAAGGUGAUCCUCAGUGUUGUGACAAAGGUAAUAAGUAAACGGUGCUUGAAGAAUGUGUUUGUGUGUGAGGUUUGCUAUAGUGAUUUGCUGUGUACAGUUUACAUAUUCUGUAAUGUAGCUGUAAUUUUUGUUUAUCAAUGCCAUCUUUAUCUGUAAACGACUGUACUAUCUCUUUUCAUACAAUAUUAUAAUCAUCUUUAUUUUAAAUUAAA